AGUGCAAUGAAACAAAUUGAAUGCUGCUUGUUACAAUAACGGCAAAGCGAGUUUAGGUUUCCAGCAAAGCCUGUCGAUGUGGCUCGGCAAGGCUUUGACUUCGUAAUCAACAGUGAGUAAGACAGGACUCAGAGUAGGCUUGAUUAGAAGAUAACCGACAGUGACGAAUGACUACGUUACGUUCUUCCAGACUCGACUACUCGAUCAACAAGAAAUGGAGCCGAGGUUGCUGAUCCUACUCACUGUCAGCAUUCUGCUGUGUGAAGUUCAGAGAAGUUUGGCUGACAAAGGCAAGCGAUGGAAGAAGCAACUGGACCAAAUAGAGGAAGCUGUACGAAACUACAAGCCAUGCAGUCAACACAACUGCAGCUGCCACCUUGGAGUCCUGAAGGCAGAUCUCAAGCCAUUUCACUCUGGAGUGUCAGAGUCUCUUAUGAUGGAGACAGUCCGUCGAGGAGUUGGUACGCACUACCAGAUCAUCAACCACAAGCUGUACAGAGAACAGAAUUGCAUGUUCCCUGCCAGAUGCAGUGGAGUGGAGCACUUCAUUCUGCAGGUGAUUGACAGGCUUCCUGACAUGGAGAUGGUGAUCAAUGUGCGAGACUACCCGCAGGUGCCCCAUUGGGCCCAGCCUGCCCUCCCUGUUCUGUCCUUCAGCAAGACACCAGACUACCAGGACAUCAUGUACCCUGCCUGGACCUUCUGGGAGGGAGGGCCUGCUGUGUGGCCCAUCUAUCCCACUGGACUGGGCCGAUGGGACCUCAUGAGGGAUGACCUGCAGAAAUCAGCGGCACAGUGGCCAUGGAAAAAGAAACGCUCCAAGGGAUUCUUCAGAGGCUCAAGAACCAGCGCUGAGCGGGACCCUCUGAUCCUGCUCUCCAGGGGGCAGCCGGAGCUUGUGGACGCCGAGUACACCAAGAACCAGGCCUGGAGGUCAGAGAAGGAUACUCUCGGGAGACCACCUGCUAAAGAGAUUUCCCUAGUCGAGCAUUGUGAAUACAAAUAUCUCUUUAAUUUCCGUGGCGUGGCUGCCAGCUUCCGGCUAAAGCACCUCUUCCUGUGUGGCUCGCUGGUUUUCCAUGUCGGGGAGGAGUGGCUGGAGUUCUUUUACCCACAGCUCCGCCCGUGGGUGCACUACAUCCCUGUCAAACAGGAUCUGUCCGAUGUCAGAGAUUUGUUGCAGUUUGUGAAAGAGAAUGACAAUGUGGCCGAAGUCAUUGCCAAGAGAGGUGAGCGCUUCAUCCUGGAUCACCUAAGGAUGAGUGAUGUUUCCUGCUACUGGGAGCAUCUGCUCAGCCAGUUUGCCCAGCUGCUACAGUACCGGCCCACCAGACGACCCAACUACAAUCAGAUCACCCACAGGCCCGGCCACGGCGAACUCUGACCCGGAGGACCUGACCUCCGAGACACGUGAGGCCAUGUCCUCCUCUUGUCCAUUAGGCUGCUCAUAUACCAUUUCCUGCUCCUCCCCCUCUGUGCUUCACCAGGGCAGCUUAUGCAGAAUUGGCAUCAUGCAUCAUUUUCUCAGCUUUAAAGAGUACAUUUUCUCAGCUUUAAAGAGCAGCCAUAAUGUCUAAUAACCCGUCCUAUUCAUGAGUUUCAUCAGGUCCCUUUCCACAGGUGUUUUAAUCAAGCAACAUAGUUUGCAUUGAUAAUCAAGGUGCUUGAUUUUAUACACCUGUGGAAAGGGACCUGAUGAAACCAUGAAUACUGUACAAGCAAAACUCAAAAUUCUGGAUGAUUCCUGGUGUAUGUUUUUUUUUUGUACUUCUACUUUUAGCUAAAUAUUGAAAUAAUACAUUAGUGGGCUUUUGUUUACAUGUGUAAGAGGUCAUAUAGUGUGUGAGAUUGUAGUAAUUGAGAUUUAAUUCCUGUUGAGCAGAAACACUUGGUAUCUAAGAAUGGUCUGCACUAGGGUUUCUGUUGUACUCUCAGGAUGUGAAAGUGAAUGUCUCCCGGCAACAAAAGAAUUUUACAGUUCUAGCGAUUGUGAACGGUGAACUAGAGAACGUCUUAAUACAAGAAUAUGGAGUCUGUAUGAAACAUGUUCUCUACCAAAAGAGAUUGUUGUACGAACAUUGGUCAGUGGCAGUGACGCAAGGUACAUGAACAAAGUGAUGCUGAUUUUCGCUAUUGCUUAAAUAGCGUCAUACAUGCUAUGCUUUCAACUGGCAAGCUUUUUAAAAAGACUUUUCUGUUCUUUGUUAUGGUUUUUUAUUUACGGCUUCUUGCCUUUAGGCCAACAGCCAAACUCACACAUUGGCUGAUCGAGACCUUUGAUGACAGCACAACUUUAACUGCCAUUUUCUGCACUGGUUUUUAUGAAAGUGACGGUAUUACUGAUAGAUAUCAAAUGUCUGCUUCAUUUUGGUGUGUAUUCACAAUUCUGUUUAACAUCAAUGAGUUGGGGGCGCUUAAGUUGACAUUAGUGAUAUCAUGUUGGUGUAUGGUGGACAUUUUAUAUCUUUAUCAGAUCAUUCAACCACCCAGCACCUGAGAGGUGGGUGUACACAAGCUGGAUAUUUCUGGGCAGUUCUGGCAAUUCUGGAGAUUCAUCAUUUAAAAACAGUGCCGAUGCAGUAAUAAUUGUUGAGCACAACAGGAGUUUAUUUGCGUCUCGGACAUCAAUCUGCAACAUCCUGACACGCUUUUUUUCCAUCCCUCUCAAGUGCCAUGAGAGACCACUUUAGCGUGCUCUAGUUUGACACGGCAACAUUACACGCGGGGGUGCUGCUAACAUAAAGCUCGUCACAUGUCUGUUGCCACUAGUGAAUACACAGAUACACUGUUGUUGUUUGAAUUCUCUAUUUGUAAAGACCUGUAUGGACCACAUUGGUACCAGGUCGCUGUGGUGCUGAAUGUCCGCUCAGAACAACCUUAGUGUACUACAUGUGCUGUAUUUAGACACAUCUAAAGGCGUUGCCACACAACACCUGGGCCGCGUUUCCCAGAUUCGUUAAAGAAACUAAGAAGCUUAAGCGCUAAGAAUCUUAGGAGUGUUCUUAGAAUGUUCUUAGAGCGCUCCUAAGAACUUCUUACCACUUAAGAGCCUCUUAACGAAUCUGGGAAACGCAGCCCUGGCCUUGACUAUAGUAAUUGUUUGUUAUCACAAGCGUGUUCUAUUUGUAUAUUGGUGAUGUAAUAUCAUGAUGUAUGCCAAAUAGUGAGAGAAGGGAGAUGUUAAAUCUAAUUUUCCACUCUCACUGUGCAGUACAUUAUAUUUUUCUAUGUUUUAUUUAAAACAGUUUUCCAAUGGUUGAGAUUAAUUAAUUUUCUGACUAGAACCACUGUGCUUUUCUGUACAAUAAAACAUGUCAUUU